UUUUUCAAAUCGAAAGUAAAAGUGUGUUUCGCGGAAUUCAUUGCGCUUACGAUGCGACUGUCGCAGAUCUUGGUGUUUACAUAGCAUUCAGAGAUAACAAGCAAUAACGAUGGCUUCUAAGUGCAAAUACUGUGGGGAAGAUGCUGUGAUAUCAACAAAUGAUGCACCAUCUGUCUCCAUGCGAGUGUGUCAGGAAUGCGGAUCAGUAAAUGACGAGAAUUUUAUUUCCGAUGAGACACCAUUCUCCAGGGGAUUCGAUAACACCUCUGCUUUCGACUUCAAACAGUCUCUGUCUAAAUCAGCGAGAAAUGCUCUCCAAGUAACAACACCACAGGGCCUGAAAUUGGGCAAGAAUCGUAUCACAAUUGUUGGACAGACCUUCAAGCUAGGGGUUUCCCUCAUUGAUGAUGCUGCGAAUUUGUAUGAAAGGUUGUUUAGGCAUCCAGAUAUUAUCCACAAGACCAUGUCAAAUAAACUCCUUCUAGCAGCAGCAUGUGUGUAUAUCAAGAUGCGCGAGAAUGAUCUUCCUGUUCCACUUCGUUGGUUUUGUAAGGUUUCAGGCAUAUGUGCUAACGACUUUUCAAGAAACUUUCUGUUUGUGCUCAAAUGCAUGGACAUCAAGUUGAACUACCCAAGCAUAGAGUCAGAAAUUGAUAUUGUGUUGGAACCUGCAAAAUUAGGCUCAAAAGUCAUGAACCUUACUGCUGAAAUCAUUCAACUGUGUCAGAAGGCUUGGAUUGUGAGUGGUCGUUCUCAUUCCCCCGUAAUUAUAGCGGCAUCUCAUAUUGCCUGGUACACUCUGACUGAGAACAAAGGCAGGAAGUCAUCACUGCGAGAUUAUUGCAAGGAAUUUAAGUUUUCAUAUUCAAGACCCAUUUCUGAUCGAAGCAGUGAAAUUCAUGAAACAAUUUUUGAGCUUGGAAAGAGUUUGCCAUGGGUCAUUGGCAGUUAUAAAGAUAAGAAAUUAUUCAAUAGGAAAUACCUUUUGGAGAUUGUGAAAUACAGGGAAAGUCUUCUCUACAAUCACCAGAUAGAAGUGACUGAGAAACUCGUACCUGUAAUUGACAUGAAAUCUAACACAAGUCCUUCAGAUGUUAAGGAAAAAGGUUUUGAAAACUCUGAUAAUUCUAGCAUCAAUACUGAGAAAUUGUUUCCAAACCAGAAAACUGUGUCAUUUUCCAAUUCUAAUGUAAAAGACACCUCUGACACGAACAAAAUCUUUUCUCAUUCUAAAGAUGAUAAUAUCCAGUGGGCUUCAGCCGCUGAUGAAAGGCCUACAGAAAUUCAGCCCAACAACGAACAUUCUCAGAACACUCAAAAAAGCUGUUCAUCAGACUGUAAAAUGGAAAGUAAACCUUGUGACAGAGUCAAUGGAAAAUUUAGUGCUUCAAAAGAUGUUCAUGAAGUUGUUUAUGAGAGUGAUUCCACCCUUCAGAAAAAUAUAUUUAUUCCUCCAAUAUUGAAAAAACCCCGAAAAAGAUUGUACUAUGAAGCUGUUGAAGAUACUGAAGGACUGGAUUGUAAUGAUGAACUGUCAGAAGCCCAUGAACACGACGUUGAUCAGUACAUCCGAUCAGAAGAAGAGAUUAAGGAAAUCAAACAACUCAAACAUUGAAUUAAACAAAUUUUAAAGUUCAGAAAAACUUAGUUACUUUGAAAAGAGUGGUAUAAAUGUUGCUUUACAAUUUUCGUGCCAAAUAAGAAAGUUUUUGAUAUUUUAAGUACCUAAUUUAUUUCCUCAAAUAACUUGUAAAGUGUCAGCUUCCUUUCUGAAUGCAAGUCCGGACUUCCAAAACUUUCUGGGGCUUUUACAUUUUCACAUUGAAUUAGAGGAAUGUUUUAUGCCAAUUUAAUUACAAUAUAUUGUAAUAUUGAUAUCUUGAGCUCCAUAUAAUACAUGUUCCACCAUAAGUUUUCACCUUCAAACUCAUGAUUCCCAGAACAUCGGUAGGUGCAUGUUAUUGAGCUUCUUUCACAUGAUGCAAAAUGAUACACAAGCUAAGUUUGAUUUUGUUACAGUCAGGAGAAUGAAAAAAAAAAUACAUAUUUGGAAACUACACUGAUCAAUAUUAUAGAUCAAAGGGAGACAUAAAUAUUAUCGGCAAUAAAAUGCUCUCUUGUUGGUGUACACAUACAAGAUAUGAAGGCUGCCAUCAUUGCAGAAGAAUGACUGUAUAUAAACAUAUGGCAAUAAAGCAGCAAUUUUUUCUGCAAUGCUUACAACCUUUACAUUGACAGAGAAUAAAAGAAUUCACUUUCAAUAUUUUUUUUUUUACUGAAAUUUGGUAAAUUUCUGUGUUACAUCUACAAGACAUCAUUGGUGACACUUCCCUGAAUUUUGAAUCAAUUUUCUGUUGCCAUGAUAAAAGGUUCACUCCCAUUGAAUACAUGUAUUAUUAUUUUAACAAAAUUGAAAGUUUUGCUUUAUAAAAUGAAUGCAUCUUGAAAAAGCAAUUUUGGGUAAUCUAUUGCAUAGAUGCAUUUAACAUCUCGACUACACGCAUGGGUAGCAUAGGCACUGUACAUGUGCAUAAGUACAUGGGUUGAAAGAACUGUUGCUCUUACAGCCUAGUUAUUGGAAUUGUAUUACUGGUACCUGUACUCUGAUGUGUACACAUGUCCAUAACUACUAUGUACAGUGUAGUGGCAUUCUCUGAGAUUUGUACAAAUUCCAAUAGAAAUAAUUGGAAGAAAAAUUGAUUGUGCAUUUACAUGUAUUUAUUUUUGCAAUAUACAUGUAUAUAAAGUAUAAGUAUAUAAUAUAAAGUCCUAGAUUUCA